ACAACCAGGUCGUCGUGCAGCCCAACCUGGCCUACCUGUGGCUGACGGCUGACUCCAUUGCGACGCCAGGCACUCCGCAGAGUAGGAUGCAAUCUCUGGAUGAGCAAGUGCUCAGUACUGCAUAGCGGCUACCUCGGUGUCUCUAUCCUUCCCCACAUUUGCCGUUUGUGUUACGACCCUGUUCCGACCUUAAAGGUAAUGAUAAGCAGGGUCCUUCUUUCUUCGAGCAGAUCUUGUAUAAAAGGGGUUGUCGAUCCCGUCGAUCCUCCGAAUGAGCCUUACGUCACUUCGCUGCUUGUUUUCUAUUUCAAAUAUCGAAAGCCGGCUCGGAACCGUUCAGUUCAUAUUAUCGAUCUUCCCUUGACCAUCGACCUCUUCCUGUCUCCCAUCAUUCCUCAUUCCAUCCACCCCAUCAAUCAAUUUAUCCAUCACAGCCAGCCAAAAUGAAACCCAGCACAAUCUUGAGCGUUCCCGCGCUCGCCGCAUCGGCAGCUUCCGCCCAAGGCUACAACGAGACUAAGCCAUUCACCCUGAAGAUCGCCAACGCGGCCAACGAGACCCUCAACGGCCAGACCCUCUACGCCUGCCACGCCGGAGCGGCCAUCGAAGGCCUCUGCAUCAGCGAGACCGUCAACAGCUCCUACACCCUCAACUCCAGCGACACGGCACCCUACGGUUCGCUGAUAUUCAAGCUCCCCGUCAACAUCAACGGCAGCGUCCAGGACGUUCCCUCACCCCUGUCCCUCGAGUACACCCCGGCCUCCAACUUGGCCGUCCCGCUGUUCCUCCCGUCGGGCAACACCGGUGGGAACGUCCAACUAGGCUUCGACAGCAGCAGCAGGCUGUACAUCUACUCGCCCUUCGACGACUCCAAGGCCGUCGCCGGGGCCACCGCGCCCGGCGACAUCGUCGGCGACUUCGAGCUGAGGAACUGGUUUGCCUGCUACACCCUGGUCGGCGGCUACUACUACCACGCCAUUGCGUGGGUGACGGCCGGAGAGCCGCACAACCCGACGUGCGAGGCCGUCGAGGUCGUCAAGGAGGAUGUCUAGUGCCGGGUGGGAGGGAACGGGAAUCGGCGUGUUUGUGUUUACGGAGGUACCAGGGGGGGGAUCGGCGCUGGUGGCAGGACUCUUUACCAACCCGCCAGCCAUACUGGUUAAUAGCUGGUACUUAAUGAUUAAUGUCUGUUAUGAGUCUUUUCCGCUCCGUUAUGCUAGGUGGGGGAUUAGCCGCCAGCACUGAGCACAUAAAACAGGACGGUAACUCUAGAAAAGCAGAGAUAUAGAAACAAAUCAUAGAGCCCGCGAGGCUCGCAUUCGCAUAAUUAUAUUCCAGCUUUCUGUGUGAACGGCCCCCUGUGCU